AUGAAUCUCGAGCAGUUCUUGAUAUACAUUCACCUUGGUGUAUAUGAUGUCGCACAACAAUUCUUUCUGUACGAGUUGACAAAUCAAGAUCGCAAGCUGUUGAGACUCGUGUCUCGAGCCAUAAAUCUCGUCGUCUUGGAGUAUCCGAUCCUGACCACCUUGUUUAUCUCCACGUUCUCGCCCGAUUUGGAUUAUCUGGAAGUCGUCUCCAAGAAUGAAAAGCUGUUAAAACAUGUUUCGAAGCUCUGGUGGGACAAUUCGGUGUUCUACCUCUGCUUCCUCCUUGGAGGGGAUUUGCGCGAAUAUUAUGUCAGCUAUAGACAUAGGACCGGUCAUCUAGAGCAAGCCGAUGAAGAAGCUUCUGUGAGCGCAUGGCGGGCUCAUGGUGCAUCUCAGAGGAGAAAUCUCGAGAAUGAUCGUGAUCGCGCAGUACUUGAAAUGAUUUUACCAACGCUCAAGAACGUCACCACCGUUGCAUUUGACAUAUCCAGUAUUAGAUGUGCGGAAUUUCAUAGAAGGCCUACUUAUCACACAUAUAAAAAUAUUUACCACGCAAAGGAAUAUCACGCACCAAUUUACAGUGGAUGGAUAAAGGCAGCCGGAACCUAUCUCCCUUGGUCAGGAAAGAAGAGCUAUGAGGAUGAAGUGACUGCAGAUUUCGAAGCGCAAGAACCCAAAAGCAAGUUUUGGAACUUUCUUCCAGUACGCGGGAUUAAGAUCUUUCAUGAUCUGUUAUCACGAGAGCAGAGUAAUGGAAGCUUUGAUCUGAGCAUAGGCUUACAAUAUUUUUUCCCAAAGCUGGAAACCUUGAUUUUGAAAGGUUAUCCAACAGAACUAUACUCAUCAAGAGUUGGUGGUCCUGUCUAUCAAGUCAUCCAAGAGUCGUGUAUACAAGAACUACACAUAAGCUUGACAGAGUCAGAUUUCACGGACAGUCAGACUACCGGGUACGAAGGGAUUCCGGCAGUCACUUUUGCAAAUUCACGGUCUCUACGAUUUCUAACAAUUGAUUGUGAUCAGGGCAUGCAGUACGAAGAAGAUAUACCUUCUAUAAUGCGUGUCAUAUCUGAGCUCCUACCACAGCUUGUUGCGUUAGUAGCCUUGACGAUUUCUAUGGAUCCAAUUAAAACCACUCACAGUGAUCUUGUCGCCUUUGCAAAGGCUGUUGGAGCUUGUAAAUCACUGAAAACAUUGAACAUGGGUGAAGUGACUUUGGAAUACGACGAGGUCUGGGAAGAUGUUCUAGGCUCGUGGAAAGAGUCUGGAGACUUGAACGGUUUGAAUGUGAUCCGAUUGGAGCCAGUUAGUUAUGUUGUGGAUGCAGAAGGCGAAACAUGGCGUAUAGAGCAUUCGCACAGAAAUGGGUCGGCAAUUGUGGACUGGUUGCAUGGAGAAACAACGCAAUUCCCCAUUAGGUCUGAUCCCUCUUAUAGAAUCUGA